AUGGGCGUCCCACCAGCGCAGGUGAAGCCUGAGACUCGAACUGUGUGCUGGCAGGUGGUCAUCGAUGCGCCCCCAACUUAUAACGACAUUCUAGGAGCACCAUGGAUAUACUUGAUGCAAGUCGUACCGUCAACUUACCACCACAGGGAUCUGCACGCUCUACGAGCCAAACUCGAGGACCAUAUAAAGAUAAAGCUCAUCGCCUUCCUGCAAUCUCGGUCUUCCACAUUCGCUUGGUCGACGAAGGACAUGGUCGGGAUUAGCCCCGAAGUCAUCUGCCACAAGCUCAACGUCGACCCCACGUUCAAACCAAUCAGACAAAAACGCAGGCGUUUGGGUCCAGAUCAGGCAAAAGCAGUCCAAGACGAAGUCGAGCGACUAAUCAAAGCAGACCAAAUUAUGGAGGUCCAGUACCCCGAUUGGUUGGCUAACCCAGUCGUGGUCAAAAAGAAAAAACGCAAGUGGAGAGUCUGUGUGGACUUCACCGACCUCAACAAGGCGUGUCCAAAGGAUAGCUUCCCUUUGCCGCACAUAGACCAUCUCGUCGAGGCCACAGCUGGGAACCAAUUGCUCUCUUUCAUGGACGCCUUUUCGGGAUACAAUCAGAUCGCCAUGAGUUUGACGGAUCGCGAAAAAAUGGCAUUCAUCACAGACAGGGGAACCUACUGUUACAAAGUCAUGCCGUUUGGACUAAAGAACACCGGGACAACCUACCAACGAUUGGUAAACAUUAUGUUCGCCGACCUGCUUAGACGCACAACGGAGGUCUACAUCGACGAUAUGUUGGUCAAAUCUUUGAUCGCGGAGCAACACAUUCAACACCUCGGCGAAUGCUUUGACAUCUUGGACCAAUUCCAGAUGAAGCUGAAUCCGACGAAGUACACAUUUGGAGUCACAUCAGGCGAAUUCCUAGGAUACAUCGUUACCGAACGAGGAAUAGAGGCAAAUUCCAAACAGAUUGAGGCCAUCCUUGGACUGUCGUCCCCAACUAAUAAAUGGGAGGUGCAACGCCUGACCGGCCGGAUUCCCGCUCUGAAUCGCUUCAUUGCCCGAUCAACGGAUAAAUGCCUUACGGUCUAUCAACUCCUCCGAGGAAACAAGGAUUUUCAUUGGGACGAAGGCUGCGAGAUCGCCGUUCGGCAGUUGAAGGACGGCGUAUUGGUCCGAGACGACCGCGGCGACCAAAGACCAAUCUUCUACACUAGCAAAGCCCUCAACGAUGCGGAGUCACGGUAUCCUACGCUGGAAAAAUUGGCCCUCGCUGUAAUCGUCGCCGCACGAAAACUUCAGCCCUAUUUCAAGUCACAUUCCGUCGUCGUGUUUACCGAUCAGCCACUCCGAACUAUCCUCCAUAGCCCCCUACAAUCUAGACGUAUGACGAAGUGUGCGGUCGAAUUGAGCGAAUUCGAUAUCGAAUACCGCUCUCAUCCAAACUUGAAGUCACAAGUCCAGGCUGAUUUCAUCACUCAACUAUCUCCUGAACUCGGAAACCCUACCGCCAAGGAGGAACACUGGACAAUGUUUGUCGAUGGUUCAUCGUCUCAUCAGGGGUUCGGCGUGGGACUCAUUCUCCGAUCACCCACCGGCGAAGUACUUGAGCAAGCACUAAAGCUCAAUUUCAAGGCGUCAAACAACGAAACGGAGUAUGAAGCCGUUCUUGUGGGACUUCGGUUAGCACGAGGACUCGAAGUAACGCACCUGCAAGUCUUUAGCAACUCCCAACUAGUUGUCAGCCAGUUUAGUGGCGAGUUCGACGCCAAGAACGAGCGAAUGGGAGCAUAUCGUCACGAGAACGCAUCAGCAGACGCUCUUGCGGCCUUGGCGAACUGCUCGGAUCCGGAACGGCGGCGCACCAUUCCGGUCAAACGCAUCGAAGCACCCAUCAUCGACCUAGCCAGCCUAAUCUCCGUCAUCAACGACGAUUCGGUCCCGAUGGAAGUCGACGAGCCCAUAGAAGACCUCACGGAUGUCACGAAACCACCCGACGAUUGGCAAAUUGAGAUUAAGCUCUAUAUCUCUGACGGAAUCGUUCCGCCGGAUCACUGGGCAGCCCGGCGAUUAAAAGCCCGAAGCGCUAAAUAUAUCCUCUUUGAUGGGGAACUAUUUCGCUGCAGUUUGUCCGGGGUACUCCUUACCUGCAUUAGUCGCGAGGAGGCUGAACGAAUCAUGAUGGAAGUACACGAAGGUGAAGGUGGCAACCACUCUGGCGGAUGCGCACUUGCUUUAAAAAUCAAGAAGGACGGUCAUUACUAG